AUGGGACGUUACUCGCCGAACAGUGCCCAUCGUUGCCCAUGUCAGCCAAACACCUUUAACUGUGCGCGUGUGACCAGACACUUGAAUCCGAAUCCCAGCCGACUAAUUCGCAAUCUACAGCGUGCCAAUGUCUUCGAAGAAAAUUUCUUGAAAUUACCCCUUGGCCCAAACAGGCGACUUGAUAGUGCUUACCGCUUCUAUUAUUACACUCGAUUAGAUGAUGUCGACGCUUUUAUUGUUUUGAAUGAAUUGGCAGUGUUUCACGCCAGGGAGUAA